UACACGCAUCGUACAUCGUCCGAGUAUCGUCAUAAACAAGAAAAUAAUAUGAGGAAAAAGAAGAAUGGGUUCUAAAAUAUAGAUACAACGAGGCUUCGAGGGUCUAGCGCCGUUGUUUAUGUUUAGAGCGCAUCAGCUACUGAGCACCGUCGUAUGCCGCUUCGUCAUCUGUUUCGUUUGCCAUUUGCGGACAAAGUCUGGAUUUGCGCUUGGACAUUUGUGCUUUAAGCUUGUUCGAGAUACGAUCUGUUGAUUGAGCACAUUGCGCACCUUGCUCAACAUCACUAUCAUCUGUUUUUCGUCUUUACUACGGUCCAGCGGGUCGGCGGCACAGCUCUCCUUCGUUCAACUUGUUGUGCGCUCAUUCUCGUUGUCACUCUACCUUUAAGCGGUUUGGUUCCACAGACACCCCUGGGGCCUGGCAUGAUGUCGACAGGGUCCAAGACUGCCACCAUGCCAGCCACCCCAUCACCGCCAAACUUCGUCUCUCGCAUGAAAAUUUCUCUCAACGAUAGAGACAAUCGGCGAACCCAAAGCUUAAGAGAGAGAGGUCCUUCGAAGACAACAAACAUGGCGGACAAAAUGACAAGUCAACAUAGCCGCCGAGAGAGCAAUGUGCAGCAACAGGGUUCCCCAUCGGGAAGUACUAUUGCAAGGUCCAUGUCUCGCUACCGUAGACGGACAAGUAGCGUUACUGUCAACGUCGAUGCAACCCAGAAAAUUAAUUCCGAUCCACCACCCCCAUGGGACCCUCCGAUAGUCCCCCCUGUGCCAACUAUACCACGUCCGUUAAGGACCGCCAGCAGCAUAACACAAAAGGAGACAGAUGUCCCGGCCGCCUCGCCCUUGCCCAAUUCUCCUCCGCGACACCAGCUGCGCCAUACCGAAUCCACGCGACGGCAGACGCUGCGUCGAAGCAUGGCCGACCAGUAUCAAAGCCGACCUAGUACCGCCAAGAGCGCGAAAAGCGCCAGAAGUGAAGAAAGUGCGUGGCGGAGGCUUGCUAGCCGAGAUGGACGGCGCAAUAGGCACGAUAGCGAAGCAGAGGAGGAAGCAAAGCGAGAGAUUGCGCGAUUGGAGGCUGAGAAUCAUCAGCUCUUAAUUGAGCAAAAGAAGAAGGAACUCCAGAGGUUAGAGGUGCAAUUGGCGAAUAACCAAAAGACGACUCAAUCGCAGUCACAUAAACAAAGGAGCCCGGUAAUUGAGAAAUUUGUUCUCUUGACCAAGGGAAGGAAAAACAAAGAUGGGUUAUCCCCCGGGAUCUCUCCUGCGUCUUCGACUACCAGUUUUGAGCCCUCGAAAAUGGCCCCGAUGGGUAUAGAGCCCGGCGGCAGGGGCAUUGUACCUCAAACAGAUGCGCCGCAUUCUGCGAUUAAUGCUGGAGAUCGAAAUGUUGCUGUGCGCUAUAGACAACAUACCCUCAGUCUUGAGGUUACGCCCGAGACGACAUCAGACGAUAUAAUAUUUCAAACCUCCGAAGCGAUGGGUACUGACGAAAUCAAUCCAACGAAUUGUGUUGUCGUAGAAACCUAUAGUGUAUUAGGUCUUGAGCGACGUUUACGACGUUACGAAUCCAUCCGAGACGUUAUGAAUUCUUGGGAUCGGGAUACACAAAAUCAAUUGGUAGUUACGUUAUCGGAUUCCGAAGAACAAAAUCGGGAACUCGACAUCGACUCAGCCCCGAAACGCAACGAGCCACCUCAGGGUUUCCAAUUAUAUAUGUACCACUCAAAUCGCCCUGGAAAAUGGAACAAGAGGUGGAUCGCCCUUCUUGAGAACGGACAGGUCCUAUGUGCGAAGAAGCCGAACGCAAAUUCUACGGAUAAGGAUACUACAAACCUUUGCCGUCUAUCUGAUUACGAUAUUUACACACCCACAGAAUCGCAGAUGCGACGGCAUAUAAAACCUCCGAAACGAUUUUGUUUCGCUGUGAAGAGUCAACAGAGGACGACUGUGUUCAUGAAUACCGAGAACUAUGUGCAAUAUUUUUGUACAGAGGAUCCUCAAAUCGCCGCCCAGUUUAGAGAAAAGGUGCAGAGCUGGCGUAGCUGGUACCUGGUUGGCCGUAUUCCAGUGGCCCCAAAAACACCAAGAAAAAUCUCAAUUAGGAAGACCGACGACAAACCGCCUCAAAUUACUUUACCUGCAAUUAGCCGCACGCCAAAGAAAACGGAAAAUGUUGCUACCUUAAAUGGUCAUCGUCUCCGGGUGUCGGUUGAUGAGACGCCUUAUGCGAUCGGUCAAUUCGAACCGCUUCUUGACAUGAAGCGUUUUGAUAAACGACUGUCUCAGUUCGGCAAGGAUUUCUUGCCACCUCCACCAGUGCCAGAUGUAUCAACUAUGCCUAAGGAAAUACCAGCCCAUCAUCUUAAUUCUGGUUCGAAGCGCGAGAAACGUGAGAAAGAUAGUAGGAGCGAUCUGAGGUUAAUAGACUCAAUCCAUUCGGCUAGUAACGACGGCUUCACUGGCAGCGGGCUUCUAGGCGGAGGGUACGAAGAGCGUAAGCGCGACUCGGAUAGACUGGAUCGAGGGCGACAGGUUUCAAAAGAUGAUGGGUUCAUUGAAGGCCCUUCACUUCUCAACAGAAAGUCGGAACCAGAACCGGGUGCCCACGGUCCUGACUCACCUUCCUGGUUCCCGUCCGCCCUUGAGCAUUCCGCCAGAGCGCGCAGUAUUACUUCAUCUUCUUCCUCUUCUGCUCGACCAAGCACUUCCGCAGGUGUCGUACGCACUCACACUCACACGCACCAAAAUUCUCAUACCCGCAGACCAUCUCUUUCCUCAUCCUCUCGACCUCCUCUUCCUCUAUCUGGAAAACCCCAAGCUCACGAACACCCCCACCCACUUUCCUCUCAACCAACUGGAUUGUCACAUUCGAACCGUCGCGAUCGACCGAAGCCGCUAGUUAAUUUAGAAUCUGGUUUCCAGGAAGCACCGCAGUGGGCGAAGAACAAAUCUGGCCAUGGUGUCAAAGCCCCCGAGGGCACGGCCCACCUAAUCGAUCUUAUCACAGUCCCAAACUCAAGCAAACCGAAUGGAAUUGACCCCGAAGUGCCUCCUCGAAGUGCUUUAAGGCGUCCCCCGAAUACGGCACCCCUACCGGGUCUUUCCCGGACAAGGAGUAAGACUCAAGGUGCUCCGCCUCCGAGAUCACCAAUCAAUGGAGACGUACCACCUGUACCAUCUCUGCCCAAACGUGUCCCUGACUGGGAGCCGUUAAGGUCGCAUCCACCACCGCGGAGCCGAGAUCGAGAACGGACGAGGGAGAAAGAACGAGAGUACAGCGCCUAUAAUUCGGUGUCCGGUCGGACGGGCACCUUGAAGGUGGUUUAAAGAAUAUUAUCAUACCAUAUAUGGCAUAUUUAAUCCUAAUACUACGCGGAUCACGACGCAUUUACUUUGUUCAUCGGAGGAUUUACUGCUUAUAUCAUUAUAAUACCCGCGCCGAAAUCAUCUAUCGCUAGAAAAAAGGCAUAGGAGCCAUCUACUUAUUCAUCUAUUUGG